AGUUUUGAGAGAUGGGCAAUAGUUUACGGUGUUGUUUGGCUUGUGUUCUUCCCUGUGGAGCUCUAGACCUCAUCCGUAUAGUCCAUUUAAACGGCCACGUCGAAGAAAUCACGCGUUCGGUCACCGCCGGUGAGAUCCUCGACGCCAACCCUAAUCACGUGUUGACCAAACCCAGCUCCCAAGGCGUUGUACGUAAAAUUUUGAUCGUCUCUCCUCAAUCCCACCUCAAAAGAGGCGGCAUCUACUUUUUGAUCCCCGCGUCUUCGUUACCAGCCGAUGAGAAGAAAAAGAGCCAUGUACGCCAUAGAAAGUCUUUCAGCAAGAGCAAAAAGUGCGAUUAUCAUGACGCUUCGGAUUCCAGUCAUCGCUACCUACAAAAUGACUGUAUUUCGGAAACGAAACAUUCCGGCCGCAGUAGCAGAGGUCGUCGGAACAGUCGUGAACGAGUAUGGCAGCCUCAUCUAAUUUGCUUUUAA